AAACAUUGAAAAUGGUUUAAACCAGUAUUCAGAAAACAUUGAAUAUUUCGAAAAUAAUAACAAAUACGAAACAAAAAUACAUAUAUUGGAUAAAGAACUAGUAAAUGAAAAUCAAAUCAAAUCAUUGAACGAUAAGAGAAUUGUCAAUCUUAAACAAUCUAAUACUCUUUCAAAUAAAAUAAUAGAUAUGAACUAUCAUAAAAAACGAACA